CCUCCUUUCAUGUGUGUGAUGCUGGUCUCAAGGGUGUAGCUCAGACACUGCAGUAGAAGGUAGGGCUUGGCUGCUGCACUAUACAAUGCGCUGAAAGAUGGUGCACCAGGAGAAAUGUGUUUACCAGGCCCAGAGGAAUGAGAGGGAGUCCAUUAGGCAGAAGCUGGCCCUUGGCAGUUUCUAUGACGACGGACCGGUUACCUUUACUGGCUGCAGCAAGAGCAGCAAAAACUGCCUGUCCUCACGGCUUCAAAAUGGGGUGAAUCUACAGAUGUGCUUUGUGAAUGACAGCAGCAGUGACAGGGAUAGUGAUGCAGAGGACAGCAGAACAGAGACCAGCUUGGACACUCCAUUGUCUCCUAUGAGUAAACAGAGCUCCUCUCUCUCUGACCGGGAUACAGGAGAGGAAGACCUGGACUCAGAGGAUUCGGAAUUCUGGCGGCUACAGCGGCGACUGCAGGAGGAGGCCCGUGUGGCUCUGGCGUUGGCCCGUCCCAUGGCCCGCAUGCAGGUGGAGGUGGAGAGACAGAUUCAACUACAUCGCAGGUCCCCCGUGGCAGACUUGUUACCACAUCUGCCACACAUCAGUGAGAGUCUAAUGAAGAGGAAUCUGAGGCCUGUGGAUAUGAGGGACAUGAGUCUUGGACAGUUACAGGUCAUUACCAAUGACCUGCACUCUCAGAUACAAGGUCUGAAUGAGGAGCUGGUUCAGCUGUUGCUCAUGAGAGAUGAGCUACACAUGGAACAGGAUGCCAUGCUGGUAGAUGUGGAGGAUCUAACCAGGCAUGCACAUAGCCAGCAGAGGCACAUGAUGGAGAAGUCUGUGACCAAAGGCAAAGCAGCUUGCCAUGGUCGCUGCGAUUCUCCAUUUUGAGGCAAACAGCACAGGGUCCAACCUUUUGUGUUUCACUAUAUGAAGCAGUAUACUCAGAAUAGAUCCUUUCUUUUCAAAUAGAUGUGUGUGUUUUUGCCUAUGUUUCAAGCUUUGUGUGGAUGUAUGUUAAUUAUACAUGCUGUAAGUGUUCAUGCAUGCCCGCACCUUAGCUGAGGGUUACACACUCACUUCUGAGAAAGUCCUGUUGAUCUGUCAUAAUGUAAAAAUACAGAAAGAAUCAUCAAUCAGUGACAGGCUGGAUCUUUUCCUGUGCAAACUAUCUGCUGGUUUCAUGAUACUGAAUAGACCUUAAUAGGAAACAGCUCUAAUAGAAGGCUAGUUCACCCAAAAAUGAUGCUUUUGUCAUUGUUUAUUCACCAUCAUGUCAAACCUUUAUAAGGAAUGUUUCUGAACUGUUUUGUCCAUGAAAGUCAGUAGGAUCCAAAAUAUUUUAUUUUCCACAGAAGAAAGAAAUGCAUCCUGACAUUCGUUUUUAGGUGAACUGUCUCUUUAACUCUCUAUCAACUAGUAAACUGCUUCUCUGUGCAGAUUAUUGCUGGAUUCGCUUCUGCAAUGUCCCUUCUUAGGGAUGAAUAAGUUUACUCUACUCUCUACACUGUAAAAAACAAUUUGUUGAGUCAACUUAAAAUAAUUUGUAACCUGGCUGCCUUAAAAUUUUAAGUUCAGUCAACUCAAAAAAAGUUUAUUCAACUUGAAAUGUUAAAUUAUACUAAGUGACAACUUAGAUAUUUGAGUUGAAUCAACUUAAAAUUUUAAGGCAGCUGGGUUACUUACCCAUCUGUUAAGUUUAGCAAACACAAGUUGUUACUUAGUACAACUUAACAUUUCAAGUUGACUAAACCUAUUUUAGUUGACUCAACUUAAAGUUUUAAGGCAGCAGGGUAACAAAUCAUUUUAAGCUGACUCAACAAAUUGUGAUUUUUAUUUUUUACAGUGUAGUUUUCCUCUGACGCAGUGUUUGCACUGGCUGUUGUGCUAUAUACGGAACUCUCCUACCUAAAACAUAACCAAAAGUGAGUAUUAGGAUGAUGUUAAUGUUAUAUUUGUUUGAAGCUGCCUGCUGUGGUGGUAAUCGAUUCUUGUGUUCACAAUGAACUAUUAACGUCAGUCUUUUAAGAAUGUCUAUUUUACUUACUUUUUCAUCCAAAUGUGGCAUUUCCUGUUUCACAGAUGUAAGUGACACAACAUGGUUGAAAUGCUGUAUAUCUUUGUGCACAGAACUGUAAAAGGGAAUUAUGAACAAAUAAAUGACUUAAUAUGGGCCAGUA